AUGCCUAGAGCCAGUUUCCGUUGCAGGGGCCAAGCCACCAAGGACCUACCUGCCAUCUACCACCACUUAUUUGGCACUGCACUGGUCCCUUAUGCUGGACCUUGUAGGUGGUGGGCCCACAUGAUCUCCCACAUUGCAUUUUCGGGCUGGGUCCGGCCAGGUUACAUGGCUACCAGCCCCAAAGCACUUGGUGAAGAACACUACCCCAGGCCUGGUUCCCGGGAGGGAGCUGAAGGAGAUGCAGAGAGAAGUCCAGCAGAGGAUCCAGGAGAAGCAGAAGAAGCUGCAGGAGCUGAACAGGCUGUGAACACUCUUAAGCGCUGUGCUCAGACAGCAGUGGAGGACACUGAGAGGAUCUGGACUGAACUGAUCUGCUCCAUUGAGAAAAAGCGCUCUGAGCUAACAGAGCUGAUCAGAGCUCAGGAGGAGGCUGAACUGAGUGCAGCUGAGGAACACUCGGAGAAACUGGAGCAGGAGAUCGCUGAUCUAAAGAGGAGAAACACUGAGCUGGAGCAGCUUUCAUUCACAGAGGAUCGCAUCCAUUUCCUCCAGAGUUUCCAGUCACUGAGCGUCUCUUCUGGAUCUGAGGACUCCUCCAGCAUCUCUGUCCAUCACCAUCUCUCAUUUGAUGGAGUGAGGAGCGCUCUCUCUGAUCUGAAGGAGAGACUAGAGGAGUUCUGCCGAGAGGAGUUCAAGAAAAUCCCUCCACAGGCUGCACCAGCUCCUUUAUUACUCUCAGAGCCAAGGAGCAGGCAAGAUUUUCUACAGUAUUUCUGUCACCUGACUCUGGAUCCUAACACAGCGUAUCGUCGCCUCAUUCUGUCUGAGAAUAACAGAGCUAUGAUUCUGAGUGAUGAAGACCAGCAUUACCCUGAUCAUCCAGAGAGAUUUGUUGAUUUGUAUCAGGUGUUGAGUGUGGAGAGUCUGACUGGACGCUGUUACUGGGAGGUUGAGUACAGCGGAGUGGCGGCGAUUGCAGUUGUGUAUAAAGACAUCAGCAGGAAAGGACAGAAUAGUGAUGGUGAGUUUGGAUACAACAGUCAGUCCUGGAGACUGUUUUGUUCUACUGAUGCCGCUGUCUGGCACUGCUGCUGUAGAACAGAGUUCCCAGAAGCUCCACUGUGCAAAGUAGGAGUUUAUGUGGAUCACAGUGCAGGAAUUCUGUCCUUCUACAGCGUCUCUGACACAAUGACCCUCCUACACACAGUCCACUCCACAUUCACUCAGCUGCUCUAUGCUGGGUUUGAACAGCAUCAGCUGGAGAGAGAAAUCCAACCAGACAAGCUGCCAAAGUCCACCAGCUCCACACUGACCGACACGCUGACCGACUGCAGCUCGGAUGAUCACGCAGCGAUAAUUAAACAUGUCAUUGGAGAGCAGAAUGAGUCCUCAGUGCAGGAGACAUGA